CAACAUUCAAACAAUCUUUAAAAUCAGAAGGAACCCAAACUCCGAAACCCUAAACAACCCCAAUCGAUCCGAAUUCGUUAAUGUCGGAGCCAAAGAGAGAUCACCACCCGAGACUGAUUCUUCACAAUUUCAUCACCCCUGAAGAGUGCAGGGAGCUAGAGUUCAUACACAAGAGCUGCAGUACUGUCGGAUACAGACCAAAUGUCUUCUCCACCACUCUCUCUCACCUCAUCGCCACCAAUUCUCCUCACCUCCUCAUCCCUUUUGUCUCCAUUCGAGAACGGUUGAAAGAGAGAAUGGAGGAAACGUUUGGGUGUGAGUACGAGCUGUUUAUUGAGUUCACAGGUUUAAUUAGUUGGUGUAGAGGAGCUAGCAUUGGUUGGCACAGUGAUGAUAACAGACAGUAUCUUAAACAAAGAGACUUCUCGGCAGUUUGUUACUUGAAUAGCUACGGUCAAGACUUCAAAGGUGGGAUUUUUCGUUUUCAGAGUGGUGAACCAGCGACCGUUGUUCCCUCUGCUGGAGAUGUUAUCAUGUACACAGCGGAUGAUCGGAAUAUUCAUUCGGUUGAUGAGGUAACAGAUGGAGAAAGAUUGACUCUUGCAAUGUGGUUUAGCCGGGAUUCAUCUCAUGACGAAGACUCCAAGCUUGUUUCACGUCUUUCUUUAUACUCAUCACUUGAGUUUUGUCUCCCUUUGCCUGCUUCCCCUAACAUGUACUGGUUCUGUCCUCAUCAAGAUGGUAGUCAAAACAUAGGUUUUGAUAUCUGCGUUGCGAGGUUGCAUCUUCUUGGUUUAGAUGUACAUAGCUUACACGACAAAGAUGAUGCCUCUGAACAACUCAUGGGGGAAAUACAAAUAGCUAAAGGAGGAGAGCUUCUCACCCGGAAGUUUACAAACAUUCUUCAUGCUCUUCAGGUUGUUCAGUUCUACCAUUGGAAAGCUUCUGAGCUUAAAACUUCAAAGGUCAAAAAUGACACUGUAGAAGAGGUGAAAGCUAUUUCCCAACCUCAGCUGGAAACUAUCAAUGCCCUGAAAUCAGUUUUCCUGCCAGAGGAGAGCCUUGUGGCCAAAACUUUUGGAUAUUCAUGCUUCAGUGAGAAUGGGAAGGAUUCACUUGACUUAAGGGAUAUAUCAGCGGCGGUUACCUCUUGGGAAGAGUAUACUUGUAAGCUACUCAAGGAGCUCUUAUCAUCCUUGCCUCAAUGGAAAAUGUAUCAGACUAUACACAAAGUGGACUCUUGUUAGAAAGUACUCUCUAGUAGUUAACAUAGCUUCUUUUUGUUGGACCUGCCCUUUUUUGGUUGAAACUUUACAUAUUAACAUUUUAUAUUUUCAAGAUUUUUUACAAGAAUUAUUGUAAGAUAUAGAUACAUAAAAUUACUCCAAGAAUCAAUGUGAAUGUUUUGGUAUAUAUAGAUACAGAUCAAACGUUU